GACCUGAGGCAGUUAUUUUUUCUUUAAUGAAUAUAUUUUUACACUUUUACUUCCAUAAUUUAAAUAACGAUACGACUUUAUACUUUUCUACUUUCAAGUGAGUUAAAAAUUUUAAAGCUUUACCAGAGUAUUUUCUACAAGUAAUUGUACUUUCAUUUGAAUAAAGAAUUUAGGCAUUUUUACCCCUUCUGAUGAAAUUCAACAAAAUAAUCUUCAAUAGCCAUUGCUCUUUCAAAUUGUGACAAAUAUGUGAUUGCAUAGAAUCUAGAUUUAACGUUUAGCUAUGCGUCAGCUUUGAUAAUAAAGUUGCAGACGCCAUUAAAUGAAAACCCAAACAAAGUGAUGAACUUUUGCCUCAGACACUGCUGACUAUCAGAGAGACCAGUUCCAGGAAAUCAGAAAGUUAGCUCAAGAGGAAGUACGACAGGAAGUGAAAGCGAUUCAACUAUAGGGAGGAAGACAGGGAAACACCGAUCUGAGCGUAUAAAAGAGGAGUAAACACACUCAUUCAUUCACACAAGCUUCUUGAUCAGUGACCAGAAAAUCAUUAAGAGAACCUUCAGAGCAUCGAGUGUGUUCAAGAGCAAGAGGAAAAUGAAGUCUGCUGCAGUUUUUGUUGUGUUUGCCUGUCUACUUAUUGUUCAUGUACAAGGACAGGCCAGGACCAGUGUAAGGAGGUGUUUGUGUCAGGGUCCUGCAGCUAACGUAGUUCAUCCACAACGUAUUGACAAGAUUGAAAUUCAUCCUGCGAGAGCAUCUUGUGAAAAUGUGGAAAUCAUUGUCACUCUGAAGAAUGGUGCUGGAAAAAAGUGCUUGAAUCCAGAAUCUGAAUUUACUAAGAAAUACAUCACGGCAGGAUUAGAGAAAAGGAGUGCAGUGUAAAGCAUGCACUGUGUCGUUACUGAACAGAAGAGGAAGACGAGAGAACAGAGACAUCUUGCUUAAAAUAUUUUAAGUGUUGUAAAAAGUGUACAUGUGAUAUGUCUAACUGUUUAAUUUAUGAGCAUUACAUCUGCAUAUGGGUCAAUGUAUAUAGUUGUUAAAGAAACAUGCAAGAUCUUUAAAAAAAUAUAUUGUUUCUGUACCAUGACAUACUAAAUUAUAAUAAAAUCAGCACUUAACGGUGCUUAAAAACUUCCAAAAA